AUGGGAACCACAGACGUGACUGGUCUUAUAGACACAGGCGCAUGCGUCACAAUACUGAGUAAGCAUGUGUAUACACAGUUAAAGCAAGAAGCUAGCAUACUAAAAGAAAUACGAUCUUCGAAGAGAUUCGUAGCCGCGGGACGUGGGAACACGAUUCAGUCCUAUAGGGAAAUUUUAGUAGAUGUGACUUGUGGAGGGGUUCAUUUAGGUACCCAUACAUGUUUUGUACUGCCCAGCGAUGAGACCGACAUUCUGCUAGGAGGGAGUCUUGCCCGGAAGAUCCUAGAGAGUGGGCUGGCAGACAUGAAGUAUCCAGAGAAGGUACAAUAUACAGUAGGAACAGAAAGGAAAGAGCAAGUAUCAUCGUCGAAAAAUAUAGACUACGUUACAGCGCGUAGCUAUCCUGUACAUCAGAGUACCCAGAGAAUGACAGGUUUUAGAGACUCCGAAAGUGCACAAGAAAAUUCGAGAGCAAAUGUCCCCGCGGACCAUUUACAUACGAGAAAAAUAACAGACUACCCGCCACAAGCACACAAAGACUCACACCUACCUACAGAAGAGAUGCUUGCCAUGGCAGAAAAGAAAGUACGCGAACUUAUAAAAGAGGGAUUUGUAGUAGAGACCACGGGCAGCAAAUGGCUGAUACCCAUCCACCUAGUCAAGAAGACAAACGGAACAUGGCGAUUCUGUCUCGGCCUUAGGAGACUGAACCUACUAACAACACAGGAUAACUAUCCCCUUCCGAAAAUAGCAACUAUCACUGACGACUUACGCGACAUGAAAUACUUUACGAAACUAGACAUUAAAGAUGGAUUCUUCAGAGUGCCACUGGUAGAAGAAACACAGCACAAGACAACAUUUAAGCUAGGCAAGACGUGCUACAAAUUUAGAAAGAAGAAAAAUAAAGUGAACAAAAUAUGUGUGUCUGUACGGAUUGGAAGGGAAAAAACUAGAAUGAAGAAUUUAUUUUUUGGAGUGUUAUGGUGGUGUAGUAUAGUAGAAAAGAGAAGGAAGGCAGAAGUAGAGAGAUAA